AGUGAGUCCACAAAGCCUGGGGCACGAUUUAUUUUAGGAUCUGCCCAUGAUGCAGAUAUUGGUACCAACUCACUACAGAAUUACCAGCUCAGUCCUGAUGAUCAUUUCUCACUUGUGAUUAAAGAGAAAUUAGAUGGCAGUAAAUACCCUGAGCUGGUACUGAAGACACCUUUAGACAGGGAAGAGCAGACGUCCUACCACUUGACAUUGAUGGCCUUGGAUUUCGGGGAUCCACCCCUAAGCAGUACUGCACAGAUACAAGUCCUAGUGACUGAUGCCAACGAUAACCCUCCAGUAUUCAGCCAAGAACUAUACAGGGUGGAGCUUCCAGAAAACGUGCUCCCAGGCACCACUGUGCUUCGAGUUAUGGCCACCGACCAAGAUGAGGGUGUCAAUGCCGAGAUCACCUUCUCUUUCACUGAAGCAGGCCAGAUUACCCAGUUUGACCUGAAUUCUAAUACUGGGGAAAUUACUCUUCUAAAUGCAUUAGAUUUUGAGGAAGUCAAAGAAUAUUCCAUAGUUUUGGAAGCAAAGGAUGGUGGAGGAAUGAUUGCCCAGUGUACCGUGGAGAUAGAAGUCCUAGACAUAAAUGACAAUGUCCCAGAAGUGAUAUUCCAGUCUCUACCAGAUCUUAUUAUGGAGGACACCAAGCUGGGAACACACAUUGCUUUGCUCAAAAUCCGUGACAAGGAUUCCGGACACAAUGGAGAAGUUAUUUGUAAAUUAGAAGGUGAUGUUCCAUUUAAAAUACUCAAUACUUCAAGAAACACGUAUAAAUUAGUGACAGAUGGAGUUCUAGACCGCGAGCAGACCCCUGAGUAUAACAUCACCAUCACAGCCACUGACAGAGGCAAGCCACCCCUCUCCUCCAGCUCAAGCAUCACCCUGCACAUCGGUGAUGUAAACGACAACAUGCCAGUUUUCGAACGGGCUUCCUACGUGGUCCACGUAGCAGAGAACAGCCCUCCUGGCACCUCCAUCACUCAAGUCCGCGCGCUGGAUCCUGACCUGGGGCUCAAUGGCCACGUCUCCUAUUCCAUCGUGGCCAGCGACCUGGAGCCGCGCGCGCUGUCGUCCUACGUGUCC